UUUUUUCUGUCUCUCAAAAAAGUUUGAAGCAUAAAAGGUAUAUAGAGUAGUGAUUUUCUAUGAUCCUCAAAUGUUCUCUUCUUUACCUGUAGACCCAUACUCAGUUUCUCCUACUCCUACUGCAACAUCUCAAACUAACAUGUCCGAAGAACGCAAGCGCGACACUUUGGUGGAACAAUUUGAUCAUGCUCCUGAAGCCCAUGAACGCUUAAAGCGAGUGGUCCUCAUCAGUCUCGACAAGCAUUCCGCAGACUAUGUCUUCAACUGGGCUAUUGAAAACUUUAUUCAACCCGAGAAAGAUCUCAUCAUCUUGGUCAACGUCCGUGUGGUCGAUGCUCCUUUGGCUCCUUACAUUAAUCCCACCGGCUUUGUUGAAGAACUCGAUUCAGGCAAACGUGAGGAAAGCCAUCGUCUGUUGAACGAGUAUGCACAUAAACUCCAUCAAAUGAAUAUUGCAUGCAAAGCAGUGGCUAUGAUUGGCGAACCCAAGUUCGAGUUGGUUCGCAAGGCUACUGAAAGCAAGGCCGAUGUUCUCAUUAUGGGUUCCCGUAAAAUGGGUGCAGUAAAGAGAACACUACUGGGUAGCGUGAGUGAUCACUGUGUUCACAACUGUCCUUGCACUGUCGUCAUUGCUCGACCUCGUCCUGACGAAGGCAAAGAAAAUAAGCGACGUUCCAUCUUUAUGAGAAAGGAAUCGUCACACCCAGCGACACCUGAACGAGGACCAUCCCCCAACAUGAUUAAUAUGCAACAAUAAUGAUUUUAUCUUUUUUGUUCUUUAUAAUGUAUACAAAUAUCUAUAAUCUAGCUUUCUAAUUACUAUCAAU